AUGUCGCUCCUACCCUACCUCUGUCCCGAUUCCUCGCCGCUACGACGACGAGAAAGCCGCGAAGGACGACGCAUUCCGCGCACAAGUACGACGCCGAAGCCGCGAGGGAGGUGCCGCGCAAAGUACGACGACGAGAAAGCCGCGAAGGACGACGCAUUCCGCGCACAAGUACGACGCCGAAGCCGCGAAGGUCGAUGCCGCGCAAGCGUACGACGACAAGAAAGCCGCGAAGGACGACGAAUUCCGCGCACAAGUACGACGCCGAAGCCGCGAAGGUCGAUGCCGCGCACAAGUACGACGACGAAGCCGCGAGGGAGGUGCCGCGCAAAGUACGACGACGAGAAAGCCGCGAAGGACGACGCAUUCCGCGCACAAGUACGACGCCGAAGCCGCGAAGGUCGAUGCCGCGCAAAGUACGACGACGAGAAAGCCGCGAAGGACGACGAAUUCCGCGCACGAGUACGACGCCAAAGCCGCGAGGGAGGUGCCGCGCAAAGUACGACGACGAGAAAGCCGCGAAGGACGACGCAUUCCGCGCACAAGUACGACGCCGAAGCCGCGAAGGUCGAUGCCGCGCAAAGUACGACGACGAGAAAGCCGCGAAGGACGACGAAUUCCGCGCACGAGUACGACGCCAAAGCCGCGAGGGAGGUGCCGCGCAAAGUACGACGACGAGAAAGCCGCGAAGGACGACGCAUUCCGCGCACAAGUACGACGCCGAAGCCGCGAAGGACGACGAAUUCCGCGCACGAGUACGACGCCAAAGCCGCGAAGGACGAUGCCGCGCAAACGUACGACGAAGAGAAAGCCGCGAAGGACGAAUUCCGCGCACUAUGCCACCUAUGCCCACCUAUGCCACCUAUGCCACUUAUGCUGUCUUCGUCCCUUUUUCCUGGUGCUGUCCAUCACUUUCCGCCGUUACUGCCGUCGUCUCCAUUUGCUCCGCUUUUUUUCUUCUUGUUUUCCGGUGUCUGUUUGCGUGCGUUCUGCUGGGAGCGUACUCUGUUGUUCGGUGGUGUCUGGCGGUUUCCGCCUUCGUCAGGCGUUGGGGAGCGGUCCGGCCAUCCCAGUGGAUGUUUCUUCGAGGCAGCAGGAAUAUACCAUCGUGUCACAUGUACAGCGGCGAUUCUUGACAGCAAAUGA